GUACUUGCAUGCGGUUUACGCUUAAGUAUGUACAUGUACAUGGUGUUUGUGGAUGCAAAUUCGGUACGUGUGACCACGUGAAAAAAAGAAAUUUCUAAAACUUUGAGAGUUGAUCAACUUGUGGGAAACUUGCAUGUUAUGAAAAGGAAGUAAAACCGUCCUCUUUAAGGAACGACUCGUUCAGGAUGGGAGCUUAUCUUUCUGAGCCGAAGACAGAGUGCGUUUCUGAUGAUGGGGGAACAGAAAAACUCCGAUUUGGUUCGUCGGCGAUGCAAGGAUGGCGACUCGGAAUGGAGGACGGUCACAACUGUAUUCCUCACCUCGAUGAUGAGACGGCCAUGUUUGCUGUCUAUGACGGUCACGGAGGGGCAGAGGUAGCCAUCUACUGCUCCAAGUACCUCCCUGACUGCAUCGUGGACCAGGAGGCCUAUAAGAACGGCGAUCUAGCCAAGGCCCUGGAGGACGCGUUCAUGAAGAUUGAUGUUGUCCUCAAGGAGCCAGCAGUGGUAGAGGAAUUACGACACCUGGCCGGGAUGGAACACAACAAUGAUGAAGCGGAUUCAGAAGAAGCUAAUGCCUUACAAGAAGAAGCCAACCUACCUCUGGGAGAGCUCUUGGCACGGUACAGUUACCACCCAUCAAAGACGCGGACCCUCCGCAAAAAGCUGGACAAAAACGACCUCCUCUCCCCGAUGGUCCGCAAGAAGCCGCCAACGUUUGGCGAAGGGGAGGCAGACGUUGCCGUGGCCAACGGACAGGAAAAUGAUGGCAGGGUGGAGAGCGACAAAGGCUCCAUCCCCCUGAGACUGGAAGUGGAGGAGGGCACGGCGGAGUCAGGGUCAGAGGUCGAAGGGGACGGUAACGGUGCUAAUGCGGAGGGCGGCGUUGGGGAUGAUCAGGUCCGAGAAGGAGAGGGUGAGGAGAGUGGACAGGACUCACUGGACACCAAAUGUAAUGGUGCUGAUGCAGCAGAGUCUGAGAAAGUUAAUGGAAGAUUUGAAGGCGGAGUUGAAAAUGAGGGGGAGGAUGAAGAGAGCAAAGAUGAAGAGGGGCAAGACGAGGAGCAAGACGAGGACGAGGACGACGACAGCAAUUCAGAAGAGGACUAUGAAGGGGUUGAAGACCAGGACGAGGAGGAGGAUGAAGACGAGGAAGAAGAGGAGGAAGACGAACAGCAAGAUGUCUUUGGACAAAAGGAAGAGCCCGGGAGUGACAGUGGCUGCACCGCUGUCGUGGCCUUAAUGCGAGACAACCAAAUCGUCGUAGCCAAUGCAGGGGACUCACGCUGCGUGUUAUCCAAAGCUGGAGAAGCCGUAGAUCUUUCCAUCGACCACAAGCCUGAGGAUAAAAUUGAGAUCACAAGAAUAGAGAAAGCAGGUGGGAAAGUGACACCCGACGGGAGAGUCAAUGGUGGCCUUAAUCUCUCCAGGGCUCUCGGUGAUCACUGCUACAAGUGCAACACGAAUCUCCCACCAGAGGAGCAGAUGAUCUCGGCAUUUCCAGACAUACAGACUGCAGAACUAACAAAGGAGAAUGACUUCAUGGUCAUUGCUUGCGAUGGCAUAUGGAAUGUUAUGACGAGCCAAGAGGUCAUAAACUUUGUCAGAGAGAGAAUAGCCAAGCAGAGCAGUGAGGGAAAACCAAAACUAUCCGAUAUCUGUCAAGAGCUCUUCCAUUUCUGUCUGGCGCCUGACACAAGUGGAGACGGCACUGGCUGCGACAACAUGACCUGCAUCAUUGUCCAGUUUGACCAUGAUGCACCAGACCAACCUGUCUCCGUUGGCUCCAAGCGAAAGGCCAGUGAGGGCGCUACAACAGAGGAGAAUGACAGCAAGAGACACAAGGUCUGAUUUGGGCAGUGUCGUGCCACACGCAGAGCAGCCAUCUUGGGCUUGUAUCCCCAUAGCACGGUCCUCAGUCCUUAUGAGGCAUACAAAAAAGUCUCACAGAUGCCAGACUAUUUUGACUGCAUUUUUUUUCAAAUUUGUCAUACUUGUACUUUGGGGAAAGAAUCCAAGAUGGCCGCUAGAUUUGUAAGAGGAAUUUAAGGCUGGGUCCAUAACCAGGGAGAGUUCGUGUUCACUAUCGAUAUUAUUCAGACUUCUUUCCAUUGACAGGCACCCACAUUGUUUCUCAGGGGUUAUGUACAUAAGAGGAAAAAAAGCUGCAUUUCUCAUUGGAAAUCCAAGAUUUCAACUCUUGAAUAAUAUUUUGUAAGAUAAAGCAUUCCAUUUUGUUUUUUAAACUGAAUCAACUCUUCUACACUGGUGUAGUUUAAGGACAUUUCAACAGUUUGGCUCUGAAUAGAAUGGGUCAACAAUGUGUUGGACUUCACGGAGGUCGUUUUCUCAUAAUUGAAGUAAAUGAAGGAAAGCAAUGAAUGGAUCAUCAAAGAAUUUCGCCAUGUUUGAGAGAUGUGCUCGGUAUUCCAAUGACUGACGGUGUUGCAGUCGAAAUCUCUUAAGACCAUCUCAAGACCCUGCAAGACCAUCACAAGACCCUGCAAGACCCUCAGUCUGAAUUCACGUCAUGUGCUAUUCAACCGGAUCGCAACCAAAGCAUUCCUCAUUCAUCGUCCGAACUUGACCAGCGACUGGGUGUUGUGCCUGGUCUUGUGUCUGGUCUUGCGAAGGUCUCAGCUACAGCCUUGGGGAUGGAUGACGUCAUUCAAAAAUCCAGACCCAAUGUUACGAUGCUGCUAAGUACAGGAUUUUCCUGCCAAUAAAGGUGUUCUCCAGUUUAUGGAUACCUUAUUAAAUACUGUAACAGAGCUCGCAAACUCAAGAGGCAUAUUGAUCUGAACAUUUAUUUAUCCGUGUGAAUACAUGCAUUAGCAUGUGUAGCCUGUGAAAUAUGCUUCAGAUUAGCAGAUCUUGGUACUGUUCAGCUAACUACAAUGUGGCACUGUGACACUGAACCCCAGUUGUACCAACUUGUAAAGUUUAGCUUCUUUCGAUAUUAAGACUGCAGUUUUUAUCUGUCAUAACAGAAGCAUUCUGAAAUUUUGCUCUGGUGAAGAAAUAUGUUUUGUCUGGAGCAAACACAAAGGCCCAUGGAUGGUAUUUGACCCAAGCGAAAGAUGUGUCACCCCUACCAAGUACAAACCCAAUGUCUUUAUUUCAAAUGGGCAGCGUACAGUUUCAUGUCAACACACCUUUGAGUGUCAGAAUGUCAUUUGGGCAAUGGUGAACUCGUUAGGAAAGCUUCAGUGGAUAGAUUUAUUCAGUGAAAGUGAAUUUACCAAGAAAAACUUCAACUGUGUGAAGAAAUCAUGAGUCUGUGUGGCAGCCUCCUCCAUCGGAGGUUAGAUCUCAAAUCUGGGUAACCUGGCUUGAGGCUGGAAAGACUUGCAAUAGAUAUUUGUGAGACUUCACUGUUGCAUAUAUUUUGGAGGGGUGGGAAUGGGGCUGGGGGUGGUGGUGUUGCAGUCAGUAACAAAACCAUUGUCCCUUUAUUGUAAAGAAAACUGGAAAUUGGUUUUGGUAAGACCUUGGCAGUGGGCAAACUUAACCCUCCUAUGCAGAAGUCAGUAUUUGGGUCAAUUCAUCAGCUGCACAAAGAAGCACAGCUGUGUCAUAUUGUGCACUGCACCAACUAUCCCUCACAGGAAUAUCAGGUUGCACUUUUGCGCUGUCCAACAACUGUGCCUCACUGUUUUACGUGCGCAAUCGCACAGUAAACCAACUUCAGUGAAGAGGACGGCACAAAAGAGCCUGUGUCAUUUUGUGCCAGCAACCAAGCGUAUGCACAUUGAACCUGUGCAUAUUUGUGUUCCACAUAAAAACGCAUGAACAAGAGUGACUGUUGGCAUUCAUGCAUAUCUGUGCUGUUAAACCAUAGGAGGAUUAAUAGUCCUUGUAAAUCGCUGCCAGGGUAGGUCAAGAGUCCAUCCUUAUGGGAAAAGUGUAAACAAACAUUCUGCCGGAUUAUCCCGUUAGUUGUUUAUGAAUUUUUUUCUUUUAUGUUACUGUUGACUUUUUUUUCUGGUAUUUUCCUUUGGUGUAAUUUGUAUUUAAAUCUGGACUUUUGUUUAGUUGGGGAAAUCUAGACUGGCAUUUUGUUUUCUAUUUUUUGCUGUUUGGCUAAAAUCUGGACUUUUCCCUUGCACUUGAGGAGCUCUGUGUAUGAUAAAUAUUUCUUUUGCGUACCCUUUUUUGUAUGAACAAGCAAAGAAGCUUCCACUCUGUAUGGAUGCAUUGCUUAGACCUCCAGUGAUAAGAACAUGAAAUGGAUUUAGAUUUAAGUUUACAGGUGGAGGAGGAUAUGGAUGAAAUGAUGAAAUGCCCAAUCCACGAACUGGAAAUUCAAAAAAAAAGUAAUACAACUAGACAUUUUCUGAGACCUGGGGAAACGUUCAUUACUCUGUGCACAUGUUGGUUAUUAUUGCACUUAUACUAAGGUGUAUUUCCCCCGCUACUGACAGUCGUCUUGGCUCCUGCAUCUUAUUUCCUUCUUAAAAAUAAAACUGGGGCGGGGGGAUCCUGUAGUGGAGGUGGGGAUGUAUCCUGACCCCCUUGAACCAAUGCACUUGGUACUGUCAUUAAUUGAGCAGCAUUAUUGCGGUUCAGCCACACUUGCGGGACAUUCCUUUUGCUUGCUUUAAGUUUGUGUGCAUUCAGUUGAAAAAGAGCAUUGGACACUGCAUGCCAUGUGCCACUGAGAGCACACUUGUGAUGAGUCGUUCGCUGACUGUCGUACGUGCAUGUAGGCCGCAUAGGGGCCAUUAAGAAUUCCUGUUUAAUGUCCACAAUCUCCAGUAUCUUGAGUGAAUUAAAAACUUUGGGUUUUAGGCAUGCAGUGAAGAGUUCGGUGUAUUGCAAGUCACCGAUCAAACUGUGUUAUCUACUACUAUGGAAGCAAAAAAGAGGGAGAAAAAUAGGAGGAACGGAGUCUGGUUCGUUUUCCACACAAAGAUGAAGUGAAUUUGAUCUUGUGAAAUACAAUAACAUUUGCCAAAGUGGAAGCACACGUUUCUUGCGAAUUUACAGUUCACAUACAUGAAAAGACCUCAGCAGCCACUUCACCUCUUCCUAAAUUGAUGAAAAUAAUAAUUUUAGUUCUUGUAGAGAUUUUAAAGGGGGGGUAGAGGGAUCAUUCAGAAAGGCGAGUCCAUAGAAGUUUUGCUGACAGAUUUUUUGCUCUAGACUCCGCAUCUGCUGUGGAUUCACACAGACUGGUUUUGUUCAGAAAAGGGAAGUCCAAAGUUCAGGGAUAUUUGCUCAAUGAGAGAACCGAGGGGUGCCUGUUCCAUGUUUCUCCUCUUUGCACCUGUACCCUUCCCCUUGUGUCAAAUUGACAAUUCAGGUUACCAUGGUAACACCAUCACUGGUUACUUGUAGUGGCCCCCUUUAAUGGCAGUGAGCAUUGUGCCAGCUAUUGCAUGGAACCACUGUUCAUGACUUACAAUGCUUACAGCCAUUUAAGGGGCCAUCAGGAGUGUCCAGUCAAACAUCAGUGGAUUCAUCUGUAGACUGGAGCAACACUUAAGUGCUUAUGUCGUCCUGGUUUCAAGGUGUAGAGGAUGGGUUUUCACAUGCAGUUACAAAGACUUGCAGCCAAGGCUUGGACCAUUGGUGCUGUGCACCCACCAUAUCUGUAUGCAGAUGACACAGAGCUGUGAAGUUACUGGUUGUUUGGGUAAAAAAAAGAAGGGGGGGUACAAAGCUUAAAAAAAAUAUGCGAGUAGUUAAUUAGUUGAGGCAGCCAGCCUUGAAAAUUGAAUGCCCUUUUGGAUUUUUUUAAACACAGAGCCCCCCUUUUCAUUUAUAUCAGUUCAAAGGAGUUUUUCCAAUAAAAUGUUUUGACAAUCUCUGAGAGAUUGUGCACUUCAAAGGAAGUCCUCAA